AUGCACGUUUUAUUGGUGAACGAUGAUGGUCCUUUGGAUGACAAGACCUGUCCUUACAUAAAGUACAUGGUCGACGAGAUACAACGGUCUACUGACUGGAAGUUGUCUAUUUGUGUUCCAAAUCAGCAAAGAUCCUGGAUCGGAAAAGCUCAUUUUGCGGGAAAGCCUUUGAAGAGAACAUAUUUAUACACCAAAAACUCCACUGAAGAGUUCAACGAGAAGAUCAACGAAUAUGAAGGGCCCUUUGAUUCCAAACAACUGUUAUCUGGGUAUCAGGAAUGGAACUUGAUCGAUUCUACUCCUGCUGCUUGUACUGAUAUUGGAUUGAACCAUAUAUUUGAGGACAUAGAUUUGGUGAUAUCUGGCCCCAAUUUUGGAAAGAACUCCAGUAAUUUAUACAUAUUGGCUAGUGGAACUGUAGGAAGUGCCAUGGAAGCUGUUUUACACAAUAAGAAAUCUAUUGCAGUGAGCUACUCGUACAGUUCUACUAACCACACUUUUGAUGAGAUCAAAACUGCCAGUGUACUUGCAGUUAAAUUAAUUCAAAAAUUGUACAAUAACUGGAAUGAUGGUGUGGAAUUGUACACGAUGAAUGUUCCAUUAAAUCAGGGUUUAUCCUUGCAAAACACCAAGUGUUAUUUUGCACCUAUCAUGGAUAACAAGUGGGGUCACUCCAUAUAUGAGGCUGUUAGUGAAGACAGCUUUGUGUGGAACCCAAACUUCAAGAAGGUUUAUAAAGAUGGAUUAAGAGAUUUCUCUCACAGUGAUAAUAGGAUCUUGCUCAAUAAUAACAUCAGUGUUACCCCAUUGAAGGCUAAGUUUCAACAACUUGAGCCUUUAUUUGGAGAAAUAAGCUUGUCUGACAAAGAAGAUGAGCCUCUUGAAGAGUAUCUUUUACUUGAUAUAAACCCUAGCUCUUACCUUUACGAAUCCUUCAGGAAAGCGUUUGAGGGCAUUGGAUAUCACAUAACUAGUGACAAAGGCAUCUUAAAGAGCUUGCCCGGAAUUAAAGUGUUUCAUUAUGCUGAGUAUGAGGAUUUGGAUCUCGACUUGAUAGAAGCGUUUCCCCAGAAUUAUUAUAUUUGUUCCAAUAUUUACAGAAAAGGUCUCAUCAGAAAGAACUAUUUGUCCAACAUGAUUCACCAGUACUCGGUCAAGAACCCUAAAUCCAUUUUGGCUUCCAGUUAUCCGGUUACAUACCAGUUUGAGCUUGAUUAUGCUGAAUUCUUGGACGAUGCUUUGGAUGAGAGUUAUGAAUUGAGAGAAGAGGUUAAUUCCAACAACAAAUACUGGAUUUUGAAGCCAAGUAUGAGCGAUAAGGGCCAGGGUAUACGUCUUUUCAAAACUAUUGACCAGCUUCAGGAAAUAUUCAAUCUGUUUGAAGAAGGUGAAGAUAGUGAUGUAGAAGAAGAAGAUGAUGACAAUAAUGGAAUCAUCACUUCCCAGCUCAGGCAGUUUAUUGUCCAAGAGUACCAACAGAAUCCUUUGCUUCUCCCAGAGUAUGACAACAAGAAGUUUCAUUUCCGUGUAUAUGUAGUUGCAAAUGGAGACUUGCAAGUAUUUGUGUACAGAGGAAUUCUUGCGCUUUUUGCCACUCAGCCUUUUGUACUUCAAGAUGAUGACACAGGCGAGGUUCCUAUGGGUGGCCAUUUAACCAACACCUGUCUUCAGAACGAAACACCAAUCGUCGAAAGCUUCUGGAAUAUGAAAGGAAUUGACAAAUUUGAUAAAGAGAUAAUUUACAACCGAAUUUGCCAGAUAGUGGGUGAGGUAUUCAAAGCAGCAACCAGUAUCGAUAAAAUCAACUUUCAGCCGUUAGGAAAUGCCACUGAGUUCUAUGGCGUGGACUUCAUCAUUGACAAUAACAUGCAAUUGAAGCUUUUGGAAGUCAAUGCUUAUCCUGACUUCAAGCAAACUGGAGAGGCACUCCAUUCGAUAAUUCAUGAUCUUUUAGAGGCCACUGUGCACGAGGUGAUAGCACCUAGUAUGAGUGGUACUGCACGAGUACCACAGGAUUCGGUACUUACCGAAGUAUACUACCAAAGUAGAUCUUGAUAAAUACAUAUACAUUUUGCAGCCAUA